CGACUUUGAGCGUACCAAAGCGCUUGUUAUCGUGUUCCAGACAUAACAUUGUAAUUUAUCCGCAUAACUUAUUGCACGGCUAGAAGGCUACGUCGCUUACGUGCGUGUCGUUUUCCGUGAGGAGAAGUACGUCGAAAUUAGUGCAUUAUCGUUUCCUAAAACGUGAAAAUGUGUAGUCGCGCAGUGCGCGGGUCGAACCAGUCUAGGUGAAAGACCCGGGCAACUCGGGACUCUAGCGUGUGACGAUUUGCGACGGGGAAACGUGGUGCCGAGCUAGCACGGCGGCCGUCGGGCGUCUGUUAUCAAACAGGGCUCAGGCUCGGGCGGCAUGGCGGAGGCGGCGCCCGGCGCCGUCGGCGAGGAGCCCGCCGGGAUCGUGAAGGAGGGCUGGCUGCAGAAGCGCGGCGAGCACAUCCGGAACUGGCGCGACCGCUACUUCGUGUUGUUUGACAAUGGGGACCUGGUGGGCUUCAAGGCUCAGCCCGAGCGGCGGCACUUCCGCGACCCGCUGAACAAGUUCACGGUGCGCGACUGCCAGAUCAUGGCCACGGACAAGCCGCGGCCGUACACCUUCACGAUCCGUGGCCUUCAGUGGACCACGGUCAUCGAGCGUAACUUCUCUGUGGAGACAGAGAAGGAACGUGAGGAGUGGGUGGCGGCGAUCCGCUUCGUGGCAUCCCAGCUGAGCUCCGGAGGCCCCAGCGGCGGGUCGGGCUCCGCGCAGGACGCCGAGGACCGCGACAUGGCACAGCUCGGCACCAGCUUCAAGGACCCGCGCCGCAUCACUUUGGAAAAGUUCGAGUUCGUGAAAGUGCUCGGCAAGGGGACGUUCGGCAAAGUGGUCCUGUCGCGUGAGAAGGGCACGGGCAAGCUGUACGCCAUGAAGAUCCUCAAGAAGCACCUCAUCAUCCAGAAGGACGAGGUCACGCACACGCUCACCGAGAACCACGUGCUUAAGAAGACUAAGCAUCCCUUCCUCACGGCGCUCCGCUAUUCGUUCCAAACGGCCGACCGAGUGUGUUUCGUCAUGGAAUACGCCAACGGAGGCGAACUCUUCUUCCAUCUCUCCCGCGAGCGCUCCUUCUCCGAAGAGCGGACGCGGUUCUACGGUGCUGAGAUCGUCAGCGCACUCGGCUACUUGCACUCCGAAGGCAUUAUAUACCGGGAUCUGAAGCUGGAGAAUUUGCUCCUGGACAAAGAUGGACAUGUCAAAAUUGCUGACUUUGGACUCUGCAAGGUGAACAUCACCUACGGGCGCACAACAAAAACGUUCUGCGGCACGCCCGAGUACCUCGCGCCCGAGGUGCUGGAGGACGCGGACUACGGGCCCGCCGUGGACUGGUGGGGCACCGGCGUCGUCCUCUACGAGAUGGUCUGCGGCCGCCUGCCCUUCUACAACCGCGACCACGAGGUGCUGUUCGCCCUGAUAGUGUCGGAGGAGGUCCGGUUCCCGCGCGCGCUGUCGGCGGCGGCGCGCAGCCUGCUGGCCGGCCUGCUCACCAAGGAGCCCGCCUCGCGCCUGGGCGGCGGCCCGGACGACAGCCACGAGAUCAUGGCCCACCCCUUCUUCGCCUCCGUCAACUGGGCCGACUUGCUGGCUAAGAAGAUCCCGCCACCGUUCAAACCACAGGUGGAGUCUGACACGGACACGCGCUACUUCGACUCGGAGUUCACGGGCGAGAGCGUGGAGCUGACGCCGCCCGAGCCGGACGGCGCGCUGGCGCGCAUCCAGGAGGAGCGCUUCCCCGAGUUCUCGUACCAGGACAUCUGCUCCUCCGCGCACUCGGCGCUGUCCUCGCUGCAGCCGCUGCACGCGCACGCGCACGCGCACGCGCACCCGCAGCCGCCGCGCCCGCAGCCGUCGCAGCCGCCCGGCUGGGCCUAGGACCUUGUUGAGACCUUGCACGACAACGUGCUACCAAAAUGAUGAUUGUCAAUCAAAACUUUGAGGUACGCAAAUAUCGUGGAUCGUAAUGGUGCGCCCACUGGGCUCUUAUAAAAUGUUAUAUAACAUAGUGCGACAGGGACGCCGUUGCGCUGUCACACCGUAUUAUACAUUUAUAACGGCCGGCGUGGGAGCAUCGUAAAUGGAACGAAUGUUUUGUUAUUUAGGGCGCUUCUAUUGAAAGUGAAAGGUGAUACGUCGCGUGUCAAAAGAUAUUCUCUGUGAGGGUUCCCCCGACUGGCUUUUGGACAUUGUUAAUUAGGAAGAAAUUGCACUCGUGACGCAAUUAGCGGUACUUAUCUGAAAAUAGAUGAAUAGAUGAUAUUGAAAAUGGAAUUGUCAGAUAGAAAGCUCAAGGUAUAUGUUUGCAUUCAAAUUUUAUUUGAAAUGCCGCUGAUUGCUUUAUCGGAGCAGAAAUAAUAAAUAUGUUUAAUUAAGUACUUGAAGUGAAAUGGGGGUCACUUUAGCAAAAGUAACAUUUGUAGGAAAUCCUCAUAGGUACUUAUUGCUCUUUCCCCGAGUAAAAUUAACUGUUCUUAAUCCAUCUGACCUAAAAUAUUUACCCCCUUAUUCAUAAACAUACUCUAAAGUUAUCAAGCCGAUAAAGUUCGUUUGUCCUUUUCUAUCGCACCAAUACGUCGGAAAGGGACAAACGAACUUUAUCGGCUUGAUAACUUUAAAGUACGUUUAUGAAUAAGGGGGGUUAAGUUUUAUUUGUAGAAUAUGCUUUACUUCCAAAAUAUGUAACAGACAUUAAUUCUCCACUAUUAUUUAUACAAAAAUACUCUCAGAGACAAUCAUUGGCCUCAUCAGCAGGGCUAGCACUUGAGUGGCGUGGGAUCAUGUUGCCGCGAGACAGACUAC